UACAUCCUCACGCCCGAAACUCCAUCGGAUGAACGCAAAGAUAUCGGAUGACCAACGCUCCAUUCUUCCCGCCCACUUCAUUGCCUUGACUAGUAUCGACCCUUGAUCACGAAGCGCACAGUCACAUUGAAAAUGCAUGCAUUCUGUGUACAAGCUGCCGUAUCUUAGCAAUCCAUCAAUCGAGCAUGAAAUCUACAGAAAUGAGCAUGACAUCGAUUCUGAGAGAUAUCAAAGGUGCGAAUUCGAUCUCGGUGAAAAGUCACAGCCUCAUCCGAUAAAGUCUCUCCCACCACUUAUGAUUGACGUCGGGGCUACGCACGCGCUGCUUAAACCAAAUCAUACGACUACCUCCCACACGAGCAGUCUGGACCUCACUUGCCGCAUCCUUUGGAUUCUUUUCCGUGCCCCCGUAGUUUAUUUCCACUUGCCUCCGUAUGCAGCUCCAUCUAAGUGUGUUCUAGCUCGAUGCUCGUGA